CCGUGACACCGGACGGUGUCCCACUGGCACAGCCUUUGCUCUCCAUCCCCUGACCCCAUGAUAUGGGUGGUACCUAAAUACUCACGUGGCCCCUUUCCUUUGUACCCUUCCAGGCUCUGCUUUCUCCUCGGAGGCCAAGCCAAAGCAGAGAGCUGCCCGGGAUGAAGGUCCUCCUCCUGCUCCUUCUCUCCCCCCUCCAAGGUGUGGGAGCCAGCAGCCACCGGGAAGAGGACUUCUGCUUCUGCGGUGACCGAAACCAGACCCAGAACAGUUCCGUCAUCUAUGAGCAUGGCCCUGCCACCAUCACCAUCGAGAACACGGCCCAGGCGCUGAUAAUAAAAAGGCCCUUUUUGCCAAACAGAAGAAACUCUUACUACAAGUACAGCUUGCCCCCGGCUUUGGGCAGGUACCGCUUCUGCCUCUACUGGUUCAAGGCCAACAGGACCCUGAGGCUGGUGUAUGGGAAGCAGAGCUUCCUCCUGGGUGGGGACCUGUCCAGCAGCAUCACCCGGGGGAAGGAGAGUCAGAAGACUGAACGAACCAGCACCUCCAUCUUCAAUGUGUCCUGCAUCUCAAAGGGUGGGAAGAACACCUCCCUUGACAGUGCAUCUGAAUACUUCUUCCCCGCCUCUCCAGAGAGCAUGCCCGUCUGGGAGCAAGAUGUGGAGGAGCAGCUCACUGCCUUGGACAGCCUCAUCGCCCAGCCCCCGGCGCCGGCCGCGGGAACCACAGAGCAGCAGAUGCUUCGGCGCAAACUCGGGGAGCUGGAGAAGACGCUGGCCAAGGUGGAGCUUGAAGGGCAGAACCAGACCUUUGGGAAGGCCACCGUGCACGCAACCGUCCUGAGGGUCCAGCCCACCUGGGCUCCUCAGCACCUGGCCUUUGCUUCCCAAAGAGAGGAGGGUGGAGAGGUCCAUGGGUUCGCAGUGGACCUGCCAAGCAGCCUGUUCGUGACAGCAAAGGAGAGGGAGGAGGUGGUGGAGCACAGGGUGCUCCUCAUGGACAUCAAUAGCCAGACCAUGUUCCAGGAUGAAAACAGCAGCCAUGUCCUGGGUGACAAGGUGAUCGGCAUCUCCCUGGUGGACACAGUGGUGGCCAACCUCUCCGAUCCAGUGGUCCUCACUUUCUUCCAUGACCAGCUGCCGAGGAAUGUGACCCCGCUGUGCGUCUUCUGGCAGGAGGACACCACCGCCAGCUCUGGGAGCUGGGACAGCUAUGGUUGUGCAACAGCAACGGGGGACAGCCAGACGGACUGCAGAUGCAACCACCUCACCUACUUUGCCGUGCUGAUGGUAUCCUCCCCAGAGAUCGCCUACAUACACAGGGAUUACCUGAGUAUCAUAACCUACAUCGGCUGCCUGAUCUCAGCUUUGGCAUCCAUUUGCACCAUCUUCUUCCUCUACUUCAGAAGCAAGCAGCGAGACCAGAUCACAAGCAUGCACAUCCACAUGAACCUGCUGGGUGCCAUCUUCCUCCUGGACGUCACCUUCCUCAUUUCUGAGCACUUGGCUUCCAGCAGCAGCGAGGCAGUCUGCAGAGCUGGGGGGCUGUUUCUGCACUUCUCCCUCCUGAGCUGCCUCACCUGGAUGGGCAUUGAGGGCUACAACCUCUACCGGCUUGUGAUCGAAGUCUUCAACGCCUACCAUGACCACUUCCUCCUCAAGCUCUGCCUGGUGGGCUGGGGACUCCCUUUCUUCUGCGUGAUGCUGAUCUUCAUGGCUAGCUGGACAAACUACGGCCCCUUCUCCAUUCCCGUCUAUGAAUCCGUUGGUGGCAAAUCCACCAACGCAACCAUAUGCUGGAUCACGAGCCCCCUGAUCCAUAAUGUCGUGAACCUGGGUUUGUUCAGCCUGGUGUUCCUCUUUAACUCGGUCAUGCUGGGGGCCAUGAUCCGGGAGAUCCUCCGGCAGAACAAGAAAGGCCACAAGCUCAAGCACGUCCUAGCCCUCUUUGGGCUGAGCAUCCUGCUGGGCAUCCCCUGGGUGCUGGUCUUCUUCUCCUUCACCUCCGGCGUCUUCCGCCUCGUCUCCCUCUACAUGUUCACCAUCAUCAACUCCCUCCAAGGUUUCCUCAUCUUCCUCUGGUACUGGACCAUGGUGCUGCAGGCGAGAAAGUCCCCUGACUCGCAGAGCAGCUCCGACAGUGUCAAACUGCAGCCCAACAGCAGCCAGAGCCACCUUGGCUGAGCCCCGCAAUGGCCCCACCGUGCCGUGCUGGGGCUCCCCAUGUGGAGGACAGCCGCAGGAAGGACUGACGCCGUCCGCUUUGCUACUGCACCCACCUCGUAGGGCUGCUAGGAGCCCAGGGACCUGCAGCGGGGCCGGCCGCCCCGAGCCCCUCGCCUCUGCCGGCCCCCUCCCCAAUUUUCCCAUCCACCGCAUCCUGCUGGGCAGCGGCGCAUCCCUCGGCUUGGCAUCCUUGAGGCAGGAGGGAGGGAUGCUCGCCCAGGCAGCAGGGGCUGUAGAAAGUGGAAGGGGCAGGGACAGGGUCCCCAGUGCCUCCGGACAUCCCCUCUCGUGCCCCGAGGCCAGGGAUGAUGGGUGGGAAAGGCCCCGUCUUCAGCCCUUGCUGGUGGUCACCGAGAGGGUCCUUCCCCAGUGAAGACAGAAUAACUCUGCCCCCGCAACACCCUCCAGCAGCUGAAAUAAUCUAUUUUUGUUAUUUUGUUGAAUGUCUAUUUUUGGAUGGUGUAGAAGUUUAAUGAGCGCGCCCGCACACCAGACUUGUGCCCAUUAAAGUUGUUC